AUACUGCCCGAGCCCGGGCGGGGUCUCUGUUCUCUGGCAGAGGAGGUCCCUUGGCAGCGGGAAGCUCCCUCUUUCUCUCUCCGCCGCUCGGAGUCUGCGCCCUGGUGCCAGGCGCCCAGCUCGGCGCUCCCCUGUGCUCGCCCGGCGCCCACUCAUUCGCAGCUCAGCCUUCGCGGCCGCCGCCUCCCAGCUCCCCUUCCUCCUCCUCUCCCAGCCCGCCGCGGCCAUGGCGGACAGCGCCAGCGAGAGCGACACGGAUGGCGGGGGCAACAGCGGCGGCCCGGCCGCCAUGCAGCUGUCCUGCUCGUCGACCUCGGGCGGCGGCGUUGGCGGCGGGGCAGGCGGCGGCGGUGGGAAGUCGGGGGGCAUUGUCAUCUCGCCGUUCCGCCUGGAGGAGCUCACCAACCGCCUGGCCUCGCUGCAGCAGGAGAAUAAGGUGCUGAAGAUCGAGCUGGAGACCUACAAACUCAAGUGCAAGGCGCUGCAGGAGGAGAACCGCGACCUGCGCAAAGCCAGCGUGACCAUCCAAGCCAGGGCUGAACAGGAAGAAGAAUUCAUCAGUAAUACCUUAUUCAAGAAAAUCCAGGCCUUGCAGAAAGAGAAAGAAACUCUUGCUGUAAAUUAUGAGAAGGAGGAAGAGUUCCUUACUAAUGAGCUCUCCAGAAAACUGAUGCAGUUGCAGCAUGAGAAAGCCGAACUAGAGCAACAUCUCGAACAGGAGCAGGAAUUCCAGGUCAACAAACUGAUGAAGAAAAUUAAAAAACUGGAAAAUGAUACGAUUUCUAAGCAGCUAACAUUAGAGCAAUUGAGACGAGAGAAGAUUGACCUUGAAAAUACCUUGGAACAAGAACAGGAAGCACUAGUUAAUCGUCUCUGGAAAAGGAUGGACAAACUUGAAGCUGAAAAGCGAAUCCUGCAGGAGAAAUUAGACCAGCCAGUUUCUGCUCCCCCAUCACCUAGAGACAUCUCCAUGGAGAUCGACUCUCCAGAAAACAUGAUGCGCCACAUCAGGUUUUUAAAGAAUGAGGUGGAGAGGCUGAAGAAGCAACUGAGAGCCGCCCAGUUACAACAUUCAGAGAAAAUGGCCCAGUAUUUGGAGGAGGAGCGGCACAUGCGGGAAGAGAACUUGAGACUGCAGAGGAAGUUGCAGAGGGAAAUGGAGAGGAGAGAAGCCCUCUGUCGGCAGCUUUCUGAGAGCGAGUCCAGCCUGGAAAUGGAUGAUGAAAGGUAUUUUAAUGAGAUGUCUGCGCAAGGAUUAAGACCUCGCACUGUGUCCAGCCCGAUUCCUUACACACCUUCUCCAAGCUCAAGCAGGCCCAUAUCACCUGGUCUGUCGUAUACCGGUCAUACAGUUGGUUUCACGCCACCAACUUCACUGACUAGAGCCGGAAUGUCUUAUUACAAUUCCCCUGGUCUUCAUGUGCAGCAUAUGGGAGCAUCCCAUGGGAUCACAAGGCCUUCACCACGGAGAAGCAACAGCCCUGACAAAUUCAAACGGCCCACGCCACCUCCAUCUCCUAACACACAGACCCCAGUCCAGCCACCUCCACCUCCGCCUCCGCCGCCCAUGCAGCCCGCGGUCCCCUCGGCAGCCACCUCGCAGCCCGCCCCUUCGCAACAUUCGGUGCAUCCGUCCUCCCAGCCUUAAUGCAUGUGCUUAGUCUGAAUCUCAUGUUGGGACUCAUACAGUGGAGCCAUCUACUCAAUGCCAAAGGCUUCCUCCCCUGGCAUAUUUGGAUCUGACUUAUUUGCACUGAGGUUAUCUAGGCUUCACUAUUAAUUGUGUUGUAAAUGUUUGUCGGAAACGCAGCCAGUGUUGUGGGUCUACAACACUAAACAGACGACUUUUUCCAUCAGUGUUUUACUUGAAUCUCCAUGUACAUCCAUUCCCUGGCUGGAACAUUUGCUAUUCAAUAUUUGGUAAUUCAGCAACAGUGUGCAAUUUUUGCUUGGCCCCAGAGCUUCAUUUUCCUGGCUUUUAGGUUUGUAAAAUAAAAAGGGAUAUCUUUUUUAUAUUUUUUUUUUCAUGAAUUUGCAGAAAAUUCCCGCACUGUUAUUACCCACCCCUCAUGGUAUUUACCAGACAUACCAAUAACUCAGCACUACAAUUCAAACCUUUGAAAAAUCUAGCUUUUGGUGUAGAAUGCAAAGUUAGAUGGAUCAGUGCCCAAGUCAAUAUACUGUUUAAUAGAGCUUUCUACAGAUACACUUUUUAUAGGUUAUUUUCAGGAUAUAUCAACGUCCUCGUCUCUGAUAAAACAGAUAGCCUAAGUAGUGGAUAUGGCUGUACCAAACAUGAGAUGGAUAAUUACUGUAUAUUAAGGUGUGAUUCUUUCAUCAUCUGUAAUGUUAAUCUACCCAAAAUGGGCCCCCCCCACCCCCCACACAUGAGUCGAUAAAUGUUGUCCUGCCCGCCAGUGGUUGCGAUGGCUGAUUAGAAUGUGCUAUUUGAUUUCUGCUGCAGAAGGCGAUGUGAUUGUAACUAAACAGCUAUUUUCCCUUUCCAUUCAUUGUUUGUGUUCCCCUGAAAUAGAGUUUGAACAAAUAUUUUAAAGGUGCAGAAAUACUAUUAGAAAAUACUAUUUGAAACGAACAUUAUAGGAAUAUCUUGGCUUCAUGGCCAGAAGAUACUUUAUUGCUUGACAGAGAAGUAAACAGGUGUAGAGGAAAGUAGCACAUUAGCAUUGAUGACUGCUUAUUUCCCCAGUAUAAGCAAGUGCAGUGUAUAAAGAAGUAUAUUCUGAAUACAUUAUUCCCAUUCGUUUAGCACAAAUAAAUUGUUUGGUUUCACUUUGAAGUGGAACACUGUGAGUCACUCAUUUCUUAAUACUUGCCACAUCUUUAUUUUUGCUUUUCAGCAGUUACUGUUUUGUACUUUGGUAGUAAAGUGAUUUUUACCACCUGUGUUUGCAUAUUUAUAUAUGCUGUGGAUGAAAAUAACUUACUAGAGAAUGUAUAUUUUAUGAUGAGAAUGUGUAUCUGUUGGAUAUAAUCAGAACUGAAAAUUAAUUUAUCAGUAAUUUUUAAGAGUCCAUGUUUUGUGACAACCAUCUCUAAUAGCUAGCUCUUUGUUCAACACACUCCUAAAAAUAAGGAACCAUGACAUUGUAGAUAUUUAAUAUUGUACAGUAUAGAAACCUCCAUUUUUGCCUUCGAAUGCAUAUUUAAGAGUUACAGAAAGAAAAAUGUCUCGUUGGAUAAUAGUGUUUGACUAGCAUUUUAAGAAUUUGAGAGUAAAAGCAACAAUAGGAUUUUUCACCUCUUCCUGCUUCCACCCCCAAACUGAGAACAUCACUCAGUUGUUUGGAAGAUACCGUACAUCUCUAUAAUUUUAUUUAUGAUGUCUCUGUAAUAUACAUAAUCGUAGUUCUCAAGUAUGGGGAAGAAGUUUGGCAUUUAGUUAUUGAGGCUGUCACUUUUUAAUUCUAUCAGACGGAAUCAUUUCAAACCCGGGGAUUUCACCAACAGCUCCCUCCUGGUACAUUGCCAUUCCGAGGAAUUCUGAGAGGAGGCAAAGAAAAAUUGCCUUCAUGGUACAGUUCUCGGUUUUUCUUAUAGGAGAAAUAUGGUAUAUGUUUACAAGACUCUUUAUAAGAUUACAGACUUCAAAGCUGUUGGAAUAGUGUCUUGCACGCAGAGUUCAUAAUGUAAUGAUCUUCCUUCCUCUUCCUAUCUAUUUAGUUACCUCCUGAAAGCACAAAAGUCAAAACAUUGCCAUAUGGUGAAUAAAAAAGCACUUGGAGUGAGCAAACAGUUCCUGAUAAGUAUCUUUUUGUGACAGGUUCUUGAUAUUCAGAUAGAAAUGUAGUGCUGGUUCUCCUCAUUUCAUUGAAAACAAAGCCCAGCUCCUUCAAACAGCACUUUCAACCUUAAUCUAGUUGCCUCUCCCAUUGAACAUUCAGAAUUGAUAGAACAAACACUACGAUUUUGAACUCAUGCUGUUUCAUGUCCUUUUAAGGUAUUUUAGGACCCAGUGUGGAGACUGGGCAAUACCUACUAGGACAAGUUCUUGGCAAUUGUUUAGUCACCAGGAACCCAAAAGGUUUCUGACCUGAGCCCAUGGAGGCAAGAUCCUCCUUGCCCACGGGAAGCGGGUUUAACCUCGGGUCCUUCUCAUGAGGGCUGAACGUGGUUACUGCCAUUCCUGUCGCCCGCCUGCCCAGAAGGCCUUUGUAAAAUCAGUAGCCAUCCAGAAGGCAGGCCGGAGCCGGCGUUGCUUCAUUUUCCUGUCUUGCUGACAGAGACCCUUGGCUACCACUGUGCUGCUAAUAGGAUAAAUACUCUGUUGCCAGAUGACCAUGCCUUUUAUACAAAACCAAAUUACCUAAUACCUGACACCUCUCUGGGCUCUGAACUGCUUUCUCUCAUCAAGCAUGCUGGCCUUCUAGACAGAAUGGUAGAAAUUUGGCAGAUGUUGGAAGUAUUUAAGAUUUAAUUUAACAUGCUCCUUUGUUGAUUAAAAGGAGUUUUAAAUUCUGAGCUCCUGACCAGCAACCAUGGAAUGAAUUGUGUGACCAGAAUGUGGCUUUGACACCAAGUGCUGCUGUCCCUAUGUAAUUGGCUUCUAACAGAUUCGACCAGAAAUAAUUGAUAAUGUGAAUUUUUGUUGACUCUUCGAUUGUAGGAAAACAGAUAUGUAUCGCUCUUUAUUACAAAGACACGAACUUUGCCUGCACCAAGCCUUGCUUGUAGAGGAUCCUGGAGAAGGCAGGAAAGAGCAUUGUUACUUGUGCUUUGAGAGCUUGAUAUUUGUAUCUUUACAGAAGAAAUAUUUCUGUGUAACUUGAUCUUCUGUCUAGUACUUGUCUUAUAGGUAACCAACACUGAAAACUUUGUAGUGAUGACUACCAAAGAAAUACCUAGCAAAACAACCUUUUAUUUCCAAAUUAUUAAAGAGCCAGCCAUUGACGCUGCUACGUAAGUUCCAUGCUCAAGAGCCAUUGUAAGAGAUUAAGGGUUUUUUAGGUUUUUGUUUUCUUUUUUCUCUUUAGUUUUUUGAUAAAACAUACACACACAGCUGUUAGCUUAAAAUGAUGGGGAGCAUUUUCCAGGUGCUCAGCAGUUGUGAUUAACUGCCAAGCUGUGGUUGCCUCUUGCCAGGCAAUUGAAGGAAUCCUGUGUUCUUGAUAGCGUGGGUGCUGUGUGUGUGCGAGUGUGCGUGUGUGCAUUCAUGCCUUAACUCUGGUUACUGCUCAACUUUAGUUCUUGAUUUAGUCUGCACCGUCAUCUAGAUUGUAUUGUACAUCUCGAUCUGAACUUCAUCCUGGCAAAAACAAAGUUGCAGGCACAACAGUUUAAGAAUGCAUUCCUCCGGAAGAGUUUGGUCCAGGUUGACCCUGAGCCGCCUUUGGACUUUAUUUGGAACUUAGCAUGGAAAGCAAAAGUGGGCUGUCGAACACAAAGACACCAACAAGGAAGAAAGGAGAACCGAGUGGAGCAUGACUUUUGCCUCUGCCUAUCUGUGCGCACAUCUGUUCACGAUAGCUUGUCUACAACUUGACUAGGUUGGAGUUCUGGUAAUAGUGGCGAUCUUGAAAUUCUUGGUCAGAGUUUAGAGAGAUGUAAGACUUCCAAUUAAUGUCUUAUUUACUUUAUGUUGAUUAGUCUUUGAUACAUGUGCUGAAUCAGAAACCUAAAUAAAGAUAAUUUUUUAAAAUGUA